CGCUGAUUUGCCUUCCAGUGUGUUCUCCACUGGCUAUAUAAAGCUGCCAUGUAGAUCUCUGGCAGGCCCUGUCAAGUGAAUGUGUUGAGCGCGUAAACACCGGUCCUUCACUUGUUCUCCCCGGUCACCUGCCAGGCCGGUUAUAUAGUGCCUGCCUGUCCCUCGCGCUCUCUCAGAUCUCUCUCCUCCGUUAGUACGACUGUUGAUUAGUACUUUUUCUUCCCUACUCUCCUUCUCCGCAACUGAACAAUCCGUCCCUUGAUCUUUAUCGCAACUAUGACGGCACUAGGCUAUUUUGAGCGCUAUAAGCAACUAGCAGCGAUAGACCAGAAAAAGAACACUCUCAUCGAGGAUCUCCUGCAACGUGUGACAGAGCUAGAAGAAGCGUAUCAACAGGAGAAGCUUGACCAUGAACGAGAGACCCGCUUUAAUCGUGACAUUCAGAUCCAUGAGAUGGAGUUGAUGGACCAGGUCUCCAGAAUGAGGAAUAUCAUGGAGCGUGAACCCUUCAUCGUGGUCCUUCUCGAUGGCGACGGAAUAAUCUUCCAGGAUGGUUUUCUACAGCAAGGUGGUCAAGGCGGACGAAACGCGGCGACCAAGCUUCAGGAGGCCUUGCAGAACUAUAUCGCUAGUAAUUUUCCACGGAUCGCUUCUCCCAAAAUAAUCACAAAGCUAUAUGUCAACGUGAAGGGACUGGCAGAGCUCUGCGUUCGAGGCGGAGUCACCACCGAGCCCUUUUUGAUCGAAGAAUUUGUGCGUGGCUUCAAUGGGAGCUUCCCACUGUUUGAACUGAUCGAUACUGGAUCUGGAAAACAUAGCGCGCAGGAGAAGAUCGCGGAGACAUUCCAACUUUAUCUGUACAACUGCCACUGCCACCAGAUCUUCAUUGGGUGCGCACAGGAUCCUGCAUACGGGAGGAUUCUGGAAAGCGCGCUACAUGACGCGGAUCUCAUCGGCAGAGUGUCUCUGAUUGAAGGUCUUCCUUUUGAGAACAAUUUGGAAUUGAUUAAGUCGACGUUCAGAGCAACUAAAUUCCCCAAUCUCUUUCGAGAUACCAAGAUAACCGUCUGGGCUCCCUGGAAAGCUGCGGUGGCCAGCAAGCCGCGCUCUCUCUUCACGCCGUCUCCCGUGCAGCAAGCCGUACCUCUUUCGCGAACCUCAACCAAUACCACGUCCACCAACAAUAGUGUUUCGCUGUCAAUUGCAUCUAAUUCUGCCAGUAAUGCGAAGCUUGGCGAAUUCCAGAUUGUACGUUCCAAAUCGUCGAACUCCUUGCCACCUCCCAAGAUCGUGGAGCGAAAUAAGUACGGUCAGCGGGUAGAUCGGAUUGACUUCAAGAACAUCCCCCGUGAUGAGCUCAAUCGCAUGAAGAAGCUGAAGCUGUGCAAUUUCUACUUUCUGAUGGGCGAAUGUCCGAAUGAGAACUGUCUUCAUGACCAUUCGCGCAAGCUAACCAAGAGUGAGCUUUCCAUCCUGAGAGCUGUCGCUCGCAUGACGCCUUGUCGCUACGGCACGGACUGCGACGACCCGGACUGUAUUUACGGUCAUCGCUGUCCUCUGAGCGAACCCGGCAAGAAGGACUGCUACUGGGGGUCAAGUUGUCGAUUCGAGGCCUCUGCACAUGGCCUUGACCUCAAUAUCGUCAAGGUGACCAAGGUUUAGUCGGAUUUACUACUCUUGACCAGCGCUUCCCCCUUGGGUUUCUUUAGUAUCUCGGCGUUCAUGUCAUUGGUUUUCUUAGCAUUUCUCCUUGGCGAUGCAACUGCUUUCUGUCUCCUUCCCUCUCUCAGCACGAUAUCCCUAUCAUCGCAUUUAGGUUUUUCUUUUGUUCAGUGGCGCAUUGAUUUACAGUUGAAACAUGUACCUACUUUGAAAUCUGUCGCAGGAAUCACAGGAACAGCUUAUGC